GUGAAGGUCAUUGUUCCCUUAUACAACCCUGCCACAUGAUGGCGCCCUUUCCUCCAGUCCCAUCACUUGAGGGCGCUGUUCGAGUUACACAGGAACAGCCAGAUCAAAUACCAUGCUGCUUGCAUUCCCGACACCUUUGUUUUAGUUCAAGCAUUUUCUAGAUUUUAAGACCUACAGCUGAUAGUUUUUACAACCUUUGAGAAGUUAGACCCUCCUGAGAUGUACUUUUAAGCCUUUUAAUUUGACUCUCAAGAACCACAGUAAUUUCACCGCGCAUUAAAGAUCAAGUGGAAUCUGAAGCCCUGACCUUCGGCCAUUUUGCAUUCUUAAUCGUGGUUGACACUAGCUGGUGGAGUUUAUGUUAUCGCCUCCCCGGGGCUACACCUAAUACCGAAACCAGUACAGUGAAAUUACUGUGGAGAACGAACUACAAAUUACUCCUCAGUAAUUCCCGUUCGUCACAAGGCACAUUCUCAAUCCCCAUCAUGGCAGAUGCCCUCGAGACUGACCUCGUUUCCCCCGAACUUGAAACCCGACACCAGGACCCACUCAUGGAGGACUUACAUGUUCAUGAUCGACCCCAGAGGGAAAGACACCCUACAGCUAAAGCUCUGUACAAUAACAUCAUCACAACCGAGAAAACCCUGCAUCAGAACUGGAGAAAAACCUCACAAAAUCUCAAAAGCCUCAGUGAUGCCCCCGAAGAACAAGCCGUCAUUCUUCACAACCUUUCCAGCGCACGGUCUGCACUGCAAUCGUAUACUGAGUUGUGGUCUAAGCUGGAUCAACUGUACAGAGAGGAUCAGACAGGUGAAUUCAUAGAGGACGCUCUCCGUAUGAAAAUGACUUUCUUCGAGAAUGCCAACUAUGCAAACUGCAUUAUUUCCCAGGGAGCCAACAGAUUGUACCAAAUAGCCCUUGAGACUCAGUCUAGCUGUUCUAGACUUCCCAGUACUUCCGGACGAUUCCAGAAGUCAACAUCUUCAUCGGUCCAGAGUGCAAAGGUACAUGCACUUGCAGCCGCUGCAGCGGCUGCCCAAAAUGCCGCUUUCGAAGAAGUGAUUGCCAAACGCACAGCUGACAUGAAAGUUCUACAUAUGACCAGCGAAGCUGAAAAGAAGAUUGAUCAGGCGAGACGAGAAGUUGAACAACAAACAAAAUUGGCAUCUGCCGAAGCGGACCUGCAAAUCCUCCGUGCACGUCAAGCCGCAGCCAUAGAGAAGGCCAAAUCUGACGCCUUCCUGCAAGCUGAUCAAGAAGACACAACAGGCGAGUCCAUUACGUCCCCACAUCAGUCCUCCAACGACCACGCCUUGCGGUUUUUGAAUCAAACUGACAAAGUAGUUGAUGCAACUCUGACUUCCCAGCUUCAAGCCUCAACCCCGUCCUUUCAGCCAUCGGUUGAACAGACAGUUACCCUGUCUUCGACACCCGGUGACGUUUCGCCGACUACACCAAAGCCCCCCCUGCCUGUAACGCCAAUCGAUGGAGAACAACCUCUCCUUAAUCUGACUCGAGAGAUAUCGGACACUCUUGCUCAUCAACGGCAGCCUACCCAUGAGCCUGAUGUAUAUGAUGGGGAUCCCAUUAUGUUUCAACCAUGGCGCUGCGCCUUCGAGACCAUGGUUAACCACGCCCACACACCGGCUACGCAGAAACUUACCUUUCUCGCCAAGUACACCAAAGGGGAGGUGAGGAAACUGGUAGAUAGAUUCCGACAUCGCUACGUUUCUAGCCCCGAGACAGCCUAUCAAGAAGCGUGGAAAGAGCUGAAGGAGCGGUUUGGCAACAAGACAAAUAUCACCACUGCAAUCAUCCGAAAGCUCAUCGAUUUCCCCAGAUUCAAAGCUGAGGAGAACCGCAAGCUCCAAGAACUGGCCGAUCUAUGUGUAGACGCUGCUGCCCAAAUGAAUGACCUGCCUGACCUGAACAUUCUCAACUAUGCGCACAAUCUGCAUCCCAUACUCGAGAAGUUGCCCACAUACAUCCACAACGCUUGGCGUAAGCGUGCUUCAGAACACAAAACGGCAAAAGGCAACUACCCUCCAUUCACCAUGUUGGCUGAGUUCUUGAAGCAAAAAGCGAGGCUACACAAUGACCCAGAGCUGUACCCCUCAAGCAAGAUUCUCCAUCCAACUCCUGAGAAACCGAGAACAGACAGGAGCCGCGGAUCCUCUCUUCGUGUCCUGGCGACGUCCACUCCCACAAAAUCUACAUCUGCCCCCCUGGUGAUGUCCACACCCACAAAAUCUGCAACCGCGUCAACAGUUCAAGCCAAAGAGAAGUGCCAGUUUCACGACAUACAAGGCCACCGUCUGUCCGAGUGUAUUGCCUUUGGCAGAAAGCCUAUUCAGGAGAGACGACAGUUCUGCAUGGACAGAGGUCUGUGCUUCAAGUGCGGUUCCAACCACCGAAUGAAGGAGUGUGAAACGAAAGUGCAGUGCAGAAAAUGCAAAAGCACCGAACAUGCCUCCUUCAUGCAUAUCAACCAGAAGCAGAAUGAAGGGGAGGUACAGAGCGAGAAGCAACCAGCAAAUAGCCACAAGGAUGUAGUUGCUAACACGAAGUGCACUCGGUUCUUGACCUGUUCCUCGGCAAGAUCUUGCUCCAAGAUUGUUCUCUGCAAGAUCUACCACAAGGAUCAUCCCACAAACUCCAUCCUUGGCUAUGCAGUGCUGGAUGAUCAGUCCAAUGCCUGUUUGGGAGGCCCAGAAGUAUUCGAAGCACUCAACCUUGCAGGCCCCGCUUUUCCGUACGAGCUUUCUACCUGCGGAGGGGACAAAAUCACAUCGGAAGGAAGAAGAGCGUGCGGCCUGAUUGUCGAAUCACAAGACGGGAAACUGAACAGCUACCUACCGUUAUCGAGAAUGCCUACAUUCCUGGUGACAGGAGUGAGAUUCCAAACCCUGACCUCUGUGAAAACUUUCCCCACCUCAGGCCAAUUGCUGCAAAGAUACCAGAGGUGCGAGAAGACAUCAACAUCAUCCUUCUCGUUGGAAGAAAUUGCCCUGAGCCUCUGAAAGUUCAAGAAUCGCGUAAUGGUCCUAGAGGAACACCAUGGGCGCAACGUACUGACCUAGGUUGGACUGUCUCUGGACAAGUUUGCAUGAGUGGUGCAAA